AUGCGUUCCUCAACAAUAUCAGCAUCUGCUGUUGCUCUCCUUUCAGGACUGGCCAGUGCACAAACAUUCACUGAUUGCAACCCAACAGAAAAGUCCUGUCCUGCAGACCCAGCCAUUGGAGGCCUUCAAGUGACCGACUUUACCGCUGGAGAGAGUAGCUAUUGGGAAGUCGAAGAUGGAACCACCAUGACAUAUGACGGCACCCUCGGUGCGCAAUUCGUCAUCAGCACCGCAACCAAUGCACCCACCAUCAAAAAUAUCGGAUACAUCAUGUUUGGCCGCAUCGAAACAUGGGUGAGAGCAUCAGCCGGAACUGGUAUCGUCAGUAGCUUUAUUCUCGAAUCCGACGAUCUCGACGAAAUCGAUUGGGAAUGGCUCGGAUCCAACAACGCCGCAGCCGAGAACAACUUUUUUGGAAAGGGAAACACAACGACCUACGACCGUGCCCAAUACCCAGCAGUCGCUACUCCCAUCGACACCUUCCACAACUACACCAUUGACUGGACCGCCAAGUCCACCAUCUGGUACAUCGACGGUGUCGCCGUGCGCACGCUCCUCUACGACGACACACAAACCGUCGGCGGAAAGAACUACCCCCAAACUCCUAUGUUAGUCAAGAUGGGAAGCUGGAUCGGCUGUGCCAGCGAAGCCGCCGUAACCGAUCCCGCCACCGCAGGAACCUGUUCCUGGGCCGGCGGAGCCGUCGAUCUCACAAAAGGUCCUUUCACCAUGUACGUCAAGAACGUCACGAUUCAAGACUAUGGAUGCGCGACCGAAUACACUUACGGCGAUUUGACCGGUGACUACACAUCUAUCACAGCCACUGGCGGCUGCAAUGCAGACGGAUCAGCUUCUAAGGGAUCUUCAUCCUCAUCUUCCGCUUCAUCUGGCAGCUCAUCAUCCACCAAAUCCUCAAGCGGCAGCUCCACCCUCAGCACCGUAACCGGCACUUCAAGCGGCAUCGCCGUCGGAAGCGCCACCGGCACCGCGACUCUCUCCGCCGGCGAAAAAGCCACCGCGGCCGCCGUAUCAGGAAGCGCAACCGGUUCUUCCACCCUCGCCAAGGUAACCACCACCUCGGACGCAAACUCACUCAAGAAACCCAAGCACGAAUACGGAAUGCUUGAUCUUGGCGUUAUGGUUUUGGGUCUCGGAUUGGGUUAUCUUGUUAUGUGA